UGAUUUUUAUGCUGAAAAUUAAACUACCUGGGAAGAAAAGCAUGGAGUCCAGUGACGUUAAAUCUAAACAAAGCUCAUCCAGAGAAGAGAUUGGGAACAUGAAAAAGAAAAGUUCCGCGGCCAAUGUCAGAAGCACUGGUCGUAUAUCAAGUAUGCGAGUAUUGUACGAGUAUAAACCAGAACCUGAAAAUACCAAAAGAAAGAAGUCAACUGAAGUAUUAAUAGUACUACACGAUAGAAAAUCUCGCAGCAAAGAUGAUAUCAAUACUAAUAUUAAAGGUGAUACAAAACAAGGCAACGAAGGAUAUAAUGUACUACCAAGGAAAUCGCUGAGUAAAACUGUUAGUAACGCAAAAAGCCAGGGAGAUGCAAAACUAGAAGCAAUCGUUGCGCUACCAUCGUCUAGUAAUGUGACGCCAUCGUCUAGUGAUGCGACCAAUAAAAUUAAAACAAACGAGGUUCAUCUGAAAACCGAGGACAUUGCAAAAGCAAAAAAAUUGAUAAAGGCUGCUAAAAAUAAUAAAAUAUCACAUGCAACUAUGAUGACUAGAGGUAGAUUGAAAAGACCUGGGAGUCCAAUUAAACACCAGGUAAAGAAAACGAAAAAAUAAGAAUAUAUUCUUACGUUUUUAUCACAGUUACAUAAUUUUAUGUUUUUGUUUUUAUU